AAAAGGGCUGGGUGAAUGGAAUGGAGUACCUGGAAAAGGGCCAGGCUGGCUGUAACCCUGAACAAGGACAGCCCGUUUGUUGCAUAUCCCACGUCAUAAAACUGAUUCCCCCCCCCGUGACUUUAUAAUCCUGCGCGUGAAGUCUUGCUCUGCGCACAUAAAGGGUUCUUUUGCCGGUAAGGUUGAAGCGAAGACACACCGUCCCUUGACGCUCCGCCUGCCAGACCCUCCUCCACCUCUCUUAAGACCAGAUGACCAAUACAAUUCUAGGAUCGCUUCCCAUUGGCUGGAACGAGGAGUGAUCGCUUUAGACCGUAACGGGGCUGGGCAGCAGGGAGGAAUAUCUGAGACUGCGGAGGUGAAAGCAAGCCUGCGUGAAAACGAGAGGGAAAAGAGCUGAGCCCCACGUUGGUGGGGUAGAGUGAUUUCACCAGCAUGAGGGAUGACAGCAACCUGUUUGAGCCCCUCCUGGAUGAUGGAGACGACAGCAAGAUCAUACCUGUACGGAGACUCUCGUACAGAGAGAAACUUUGGGGGAUCCUUCCACAAAGCUCUGCACCAUCCUGGCUUAACAUCAAAAACAGCGUAGACUGUGGUGUGCCCCGUUUCUCCAAUAAAUCCACUAUGACUCAGACUACUAGGCCCCUAGUCAAAAGAAAAAUCUGGAUUUUGAUUCUAGUUCUCCUCGCCCUUGUCACCCUCCUUGCCCUCGCUUUUAUUGGAGCUCUGUUCUGUUCCCCAUGGAAACAGCAACCUUCACUUGAAGCUGGGGAGAACACAACAGCAGCCAAAAAUCUCAGCCUUGCAAGCCUACUUGAUGCCAAGAAUCAAGAACCGCAUUGGGGAGCCAUGCAUAACUGCUUGGCUGAAGCUGUUCAGAAGUUCUCUGAGGAGCCAGAGAUGGUACGGAAGAAUGCCAGGAUGAUCCUCCAGUGUAAUGGAACAAGGCAGGAGUUUGUGUCUGGAAAAGGGGAAAUCCGCAUUGAGGUGGUCUGGAUCAACGGCAUGGCAUCUUACAUACUUGAUGAGGCCACUCCAGAAGUCCAUAUGGCAAGGCUUGGCCGCCAUCCAUUGCCACUCAGUCUUGCCAGCAUCAGUGGUGUCCUCCAAGACCUGGCCUCCAACAUCUCCAAGACCCAGGAAUGCUUGGGGGAGCUGCAGAGUUGCCUCAGCAAGGCCUUGCAGGAAUUUCCACUUGAGCCAGCAACUUUGCAGGACAAUGCUAAAUUGGUGGUGACAUGUGGAGGGGAGAAUCUGACCUUCAUCUCUGGUAAUGGGGAUAGCGAGAUCAAUGUAUACAGAGAACGUGGGGAGAUUCAGUUUCAGGUGAAACCUACCUGGCAGGCUUGGUGGGCCAGGCUUUUCAAAGGGAGACUAGGUUGAGCGACAGACUGGAGGAGGCAGUGCAGGAGGUAUCUUUGUGGCUCUCCUGAGUCCAAGGACUUGACUAUAAAGCAUCUCCCUGCUGUGGUUUCAACUAUGCACCAGUCUCAAGACCAGUGUUCUAUCCAGUUCCUAUCCAUCACAUAGUUGGCAAGGAAUUAUGUAGAAGUGAUGCUUAAAACAAUCUAUUUUAUGAUUCCAGGGCAGGUGGUGCAUCCUUUCUAGGUGAACAACAGUGUCUUAACCUCAGAAUGAAAUUUUAUGCACGUAUUAAUCAUAAUGCUAAAUAUGCAAAAGUGAUUAAUGAUCAGAAUCUUUUGUGAGAAUCCCCCUGCCCCCUGAGCUCAUGCUGCACCUUAAGCCUCUUGUUCUUUUGUUCUGUUUAGUGAUUUAUUAAAUAAAAAUUUAAAUAAA